AUGCCGACGGCUGCACGAGCUCGUCCCAUUUGCUGGGUCCAAGAAAAAAAGGGCACUGCAACCUUUUAUGUGGGAGACCGAUCCCAAACAACGACGACGACACUCCCUUUCUCUACCUCCUACACUAUUCUCAAACAAUGCAACUCUUUACUCGACGCCAAGCAACUCCACCAGCAAAUCACGGUUCGAGGCCUCACAGACCCCCACACACUAACCCACCUCAUAAGCACCUACACAUCCUUCGACGCCCACUCCCUCGCCCUCGCCGCCCUCCAGCGCCUCCCUCCCUCUCCCUCCGCUGUCUUCUGGUGGAACCACCUCAUCCGCCGCCACGUCCGCCUCGGUUUCCUUAACGCCGUCCUCCGCCUCUUCCUCCUUAUGCGCCGCCUCGGGUGGCGCCCUGACGGCUACACCUUCCCUUUUGUUCUCAAGGCCUGCGGCGAGCUCCCCUCGUUCCGCCGCGGCGCUUCUGUCCACGCCGUUGCGUGUGUUCAAGGGUUUCAGUCCAAUGUCUAUGUUUGUAAUGCGGUUGUUGCGAUGUACAGUCGUUGUGGUGCUUUGGACGAUGCACACCAUAUGUUUGAUGAAUUGUUGAUGAGAGGUAUUGGUGAUUUGGUCUCGUGGAAUUCGAUUGUGGCUGCUUAUGUGCAGAACGGGGAUCCGUGGACUGCUCUGAAGAUGUUUGAUAAGAUGAACUUAGAUACCGGUUUUCAAUUUCGUGCGGAUGCUAUUACCAUAGUUAAUAUCCUUCCGGCUUGUGCUAGUGCUGGGGUGAGGGGUAAGCAGGUUCAUGGUUAUGCAGUUCGAAACAGGCUUUUGGAGGAUUUGUUCGUGGCCAAUGCCUUAGUGGACAUGUAUGCGAAGAACGGAUUGAUGGACGAAGCAAACAAGGUUUUCGAGGGGAUGGGGGUGAAGGAUGUUGUUUCCUGGAAUGCAAUGGUAACUGGGUAUUCUCAAAUUGGUAGAUGCGACGAAGCUCUCAGUUUAUUUGAGAAAAUGCGGGAGGAGAAUAUUGAGUUGAAUGUUGUGACAUGGAGUGCUGUAAUUGCAGGUUAUGCUCAGAGUGAUCAUGGCUAUGAAGCGCUCAACGUGUUUAGGCAAAUGCAACUUUGUGGAUCCGAACCUAAUGCUGUUACCCUCGUGUCUCUUCUGUCCGGGUGUGCUUCUGCACGAGCAUUGCUUCAAGGGAAGGAGACUCAUUGUUACGCCAUCAAAUGCGUUCUUAGUUUAGAUGGUAGUGAUCCUGGGGACAAUUUGAUGGUGAUCAAUGGUCUGAUUGACAUGUAUUCUAAAUGCAAAAGUACGAAAAUCGCUCGCGCUAUUUUUGACUCCAUAGCUCCGAAGGAAAGGAAUGUCGUGACCUGGACUGUUAUGAUUGGUGGGUAUGCCCAACAAGGGGAUUCCAAUGAUGCAUUGGAACUUUUCUCGAUCAUGCUGAAUCGGGAUAAUUCUGUAGUGCCAAAUGCAUUUACAAUAUCGUGUGCUCUGAUGGCUUGUGCUCAUCUGGCGGCACUAAGACUUGGUAGUCAAAUUCAUGCUUACGUAUUACGCAACAGUUAUGGGUCUGUGAUGCUAUUUGAAGCCAAUUGCCUAAUAGAUAUGUAUGCCAAAUCUGGAGAUGUCAAUGCUGCUCGUGCUGUGUUUGAUAACAUGUAUCAUAGAAAUGCUGUCUCUUGGACAUCCCUAAUGACAGGUUACGGCAUGCAUGGUCGCGGUGAAGAGGCUCUCCAAGUUUUUGAUGAGAUGAGGAGGGCGGGUCUGGUGCCUGACGGUGUAACUUUUGUUGUACUGCUCUAUGCUUGCAGUCACUCAGGAAUGGUUGAUCAGGGAAUUAAAAUUUUUAACAGAAUGAGAUUGGAAUAUGGGGUUGUUCCCGGGGUAGAACACUAUGCUUGCAUGGUUGACCUCUUGGGUCGGGCUGGUCGUUUGAAUGAAGCUAUGAAACUGAUAGAAGGCAUGCCUAUGGAACCAAGCCCAAUAGUAUGGGUGGCAUUAUUAAGUGCUUGCCGGACCCAUGCCAAUGUGGAAUUUGGGGAAUAUGCUGCAAAUAAAUUGUUAGAAUUAGAUUUAGAGAAUGAUGGAUCGUAUACUCUACUUUCAAACUUAUAUGCCAACGCUAGGCAAUGGAAAGAUGUGGCGAGGAUCAGAUCUUUGAUGAAACAUACUGGGAUCAAGAAGAGACCUGGCUGCAGCUGGGUCCAAGAAAAAAAGGGCACUGCAACCUUUUAUGUGGGAGACCGAUCCCAUCCAAUGUCUCGACAAAUAUAUAAUGUACUUGCAGAUAUGAUUCGCCGCAUUAAAGCCAUUGGCUAUUUUCCUGAGACAAGCUUUGCUCUACAUGAUGUAGAUGAUGAGGAGAAAGGGGAUCUUCUUUUUGAACAUAGUGAAAAGUUGGCUCUUGCCUAUGGCAUCCUCACAUCUCCUCCGGGGGUGCCCAUUAGGAUCACCAAAAACUUGCGUGUCUGCGGUGAUUGCCAUAGUGCUAUUACUUACAUUUCUAGAAUCAUCAACCAUGAAAUCAUACUGAGGGAUGCAAGUCGCUUUCAUCAUUUCAAGAAUGGAUCUUGCUCCUGCAGGGGGUAUUGGUGAAGAUGGGAUCAUGAAUGUCUGGCUGAAUAGUUGGAUACUUAAUGCGUCUUUGUCAUGCGAUAUAAUGAACGGCAAAGGAACCCUGGAAGGGUCUUUGGCAAUCAUGUUUGUUGAUAAAGUGCGCUAUCAACAGAGACUAAAAUUCUGGCUAUAUAUGGCAAUAUUGACAGUGAUUGAUGGAGGAUAUUGAUGGGAUGGGAUUUGUGGAGGGCAGGUGGCUGCAACGUUGCAAUGCUUCAACGAUAUGACGAUGGAAGCGGCAAUGCAAAGCAAUGGGGAUGUAGACCAAGAAAUCGUAAUGCUAAAUUGCGAUGUAGCGAUGGUGACUAGUGGUGGUUGAUGGCGGUGAGGCAGUAAUAGUGUAGCAAUGGCAUGAUGAUUGCAAAUAUGUUAUGGCUAUGGUGGUGUGGUGGUGAUGGUACAAGACAAUGGAGGGUUCGACUGAUCAAAUGAAGAGAAAUUAGAACAAGCAAUCACUGGAGCUUUGAGUACCUUGUUGGUCUCCACAUCAAGGGUUGAAGCAAUGGUACCUUACCGUUCUCAAAAUUAGAGUAAACAAUCGGAAAAAAAAAAAAAAAAGUAAAAGAAACUAAACAAUAACAAAAUUCUCAAUGCAAUGUUAUUCUUGAGAUUAAAUGUGCCUCCUCCAAUAACAAUAAGCCUAAUAUUUACAGGCCAACCACAAAGCUGCUUAUUACAUAUAUUAAUUAAAAUCAA